AUGUUAUCCGCGGCUGAGCCGAACAGCCAUUCGCCGCCUCUGAGUUAUGGCGGAUUGUUUUUGAAUUUAUCGCCGAGCCUGCCGUUCCUUCUUCAUCAUUUUCCCCUCUCCACAAAAUGUUCAGAGCCCAAUUGGCGUAGGAAAUCUCUGUCAAUUGGAUUGAGCUCACGGCGUGACUGAAUUAUGACUGCUUCGGGAAUUGUUCACAAGAGAAAAAAUAUCUUGAAUGGUACCAGUCCGUGAUCUUAUUGUACAUUCUCGAAGUGAGGCUGAUUUAAAAAAUUUUUUUUGUAGAUUACUUGCCAUUCAGAACUUCUGAUUAUUAAGAUCAUGACACUGAGGCCUUUUUUUCAGGCUGCUUGAAGAUGUCGUAAUCGAUAUAUUUUUGAGACAUUUGUCAAAUAAUCUUACCUUUAUUGUUGUUCUUCAAGUCUAGAGAAACGUAUCUUAAAACCUUUUUCAAACUAAAAAACGCUUUAAAACUUCGAAAUACUUCUGAAAAAAAAAACAAUAAAGCGCUCGUUCUCAGUUUUACUGUCUCAAGUCAAAAGUGGAGGGAACAAUUGUUCAGAAAUCUCGAGGGACUUUCUUAUAGUCAACAUUUGCCGACCUGAAAGGUGGGAUGAGCAGAUUGACAAGGAUGACGCGUUGCGUACGCGACGCGGCUUUAGGCAAAAACUCGAGUUCAUGGAAAAAAAACAAAUAAGUGCGAGAAGUUGAAAAAUAAAAAACCAGAAUGACUAAUAAUUGAACUUUGCUGAGGAAAAUUAUCGUAUAGAAAAGAACUAGAGUUCUCAAAAUGACCAUUUGAAAAGAAUGACAUUUUUCAAAAACUUAAAACUUUCUUUUUGACAUUUCAAAGGAAUGUCGUUUUUGAUAGAUCAACCAAAAUUGAUCACUUUCGUUCUUUUCAUUUUGUGGCUUUUUAAAUAAUGACUGACAAAUAAAUUGAAGUUUGCUUGGAAACGCAGGGCGUGCCACCGUUCUUAUUUUUACUAAUCGACUUCUCGACAAAACCAGUGCCCAGAAAGAAGCUUUCUUUCCAAUGAUAAGUUCCUCGCAGCUUUCCAAAGGUUUUAGGAUGCUCCCCUUAUAAGUUUCGUUUUCCAAGCUGUACACGACCUAGUUGAAAAGCAAACUGAGUUAUUUGGGAAUGCAAUGGACGAAUAAUGGUCAUUUUCUAAAGAAUCAUAUUCUUACUAGUAAAUGAAUGUUCGCCUUAAUGAGCAAAAUUUACAUUUUUUUUUUCCAAAUUGAUUACUUUAGAAUUCCAACAUCAAUAUUCCGCCACAAACGUGUAUACAAUCGGAAAACGAUGAAAUAAUUCCAAAAAUGUCCGAGUUCAAAACUCUACACUUUGUAGCUGCAAGAGCCGUAGUGAACGUCAAAAUCAAAUUAUUAUCAAGAUUUAUAAAGUACUAGAUACUAAAGGAUAAAAAAUACAAGAUUCAAAGUUUCGGGUGGACAUGAUAGUGAAUUACUCUGAAGUACUCCAAUAGUCAGUUUACCUUCAAUUUUCCUUCUACUUAAGAUGGAGUCUAUUCAACUUCUCAAAAGAAUGGCUCCACUCGGAUUACCUGGACCACCUCUGAAGAAAUGGCGCCGCCCACGAAGCGAUUGGCGCGACACGGUGGCCCGCCUCCUGCGACUCGGCUGCCCUGCACUGGAAAUGCCCUUUUGGCGAUCCGCCGGCUCCACAGUAUGCCCAAGGAGCAGUACAUGUGUCAGCUCUGCGCCAACCACGGCAUCUUCAACCAGCCCAAAAAAGGCCACAAACAAAAAUGUCCAUACCGGACCUGUCCGUGAGUUUUUUAAAACCGAUUUUCCGUAUGUGUACCUCCAAGACGCAAGCGAUGUUAACUUUAAUAGGGGAUUUUCUUUCUUUUUUUAACUUCAAUAAGACAUUUUUCGAUCCAAGUGAUCUUGUUAAAGAUCACGCUGAUCUGUCAAUAAAUUAUUCUCUUACCGUUCUUGAUCUGUGAUAAUUAAAAUUAUACGGACGAUGAAUAAAAGUCGAUACAGUUUGUUUGAAUAACAGAAAUUAAGAAAAAAAUAAUAAUCAGAUUUGAAUGUGAUUUAUAAGUUAUAAGAAAAAAACAAGGAAAUUGAGAUCUGGUGUUAUUUGAGGGAAAUUUGUCUUUCUCGGUGUUUCUCAUCUCUUUGUAAGAUUAAACUAACACUAUCAACAUUUUUGUUUGAAUCUUUCUUGUUUUUUAUCACUCAUUUUAGCGUGUCUUGGUUCAAGUGGAAGCUUCGAUCUUUCUUUCUCUUACUUUCAAUCGAUCAGUCAUAUUCAAUUCAAUUCAAUUCAUCUUUUUUGACUUUUUUUCAAAUGAGAAUAAUCUCACACCGACUGAGAACUUCUUAAGUUGUUUCAAUCUUUUUAAUGAAGUUUUUAUAGAUACCUACACUAUAGAUAGUGAAGAUACACUUACUUCAUUUAUUUUUCUUUGAAAAUCGUAUUGAUAUUUUUUUUUCAAGGUGUUCUCUUUGUGCGCUGAACACCAAACGGAGGGCGCUCGACCAAAUCGAACGGCAACUCAAAAUCACCAACGAAUCUUCUACAACUCGUGAGUUUGUUUUAAGUUUGCAGGAGGAAAGCUUUACGAACUUAUUGAAAAAUACGGCAAAUAUCAGAAGCUACUGAUCAGUCACGUUUUCGAUGACAAUAAAGAAGAAAAAAGCUUGCACUUUUGAAGGACACAUCUUUUUUUCUUAUUUUUUGUAGUUUACAACUCAUCGGAAAACGUACUUGUUUAUCAUUGCUCGCAAGACUUUUGUAGUUUUUCAAGAGUUCUCAGAGUUUUUUUUUGCGGGCUACAAUUUUUCAGAAACUCAGCAGCUUCUAAUAUUAUUCCGACGUCUUUGUUUAUGUGAAUGAGAGAUGAAAAAAAAGGCUGUGUACUUUCAGGAAACAUUUUUCAGUCUAAUAGUAAAAAAAAACCAAAAACGUGCCAUUUUCUUAAGAUUCUGAUGACAAGAAGAAGGGUUUCUCAAAGUUUCAAAUAAGAAAUUUCUCAGAAUUGUCCCGCAACAUCUAAAUAUCUUUUUCUAGCUUUUCUUCAAAGUAUUUGCUGAAGAGUUUAGAGUAAACUGUCUAGUACUGUUUUUUCAGAGUUUUUCUCAAAGUUUCUCCAUUUGGCUUCAUCAUAAGCUCAAAUGCUUUUUGUUUUAUUUCACAAUUGUACUUCUCCGCAAUUCUCUCAGACCUCUGUCUAUGUUUCCUAGACUGAAUUCCUUCUAAGAACUCAAAACAUUCUAAUAAUAUCCAAUGAUGCAAUCUGUUGCUGGAAAAAAGUCACGCGUCGGCCCCAUCAGACACCUGCGCCCUAUCGACAAACACCUAGACGGUUACGGUAUUCUGAAGGCCGCAAAUCUUUCCCUUUUUCGGUCACAACUUUCCCACAGUUCUCCGACCUUCGUCACGCCAAUUUGUCACUACGGUGGCUCUUGAGACGCGUGCCGGAGAUCCGCUUUCAGAUUUCAUACUCAAUUUUUCUUUUCGGCUUGGGUGCCUGCUGGAAAUAUGGUUGUUCAGCAAAUCUCGUUAAUUGUUCUAACUUCGAUUAGGUUCUUAAUUUCAAAAACUCUUUGUGCGCAAAAAUUUCGGCUUUUCUGUGGAUAAAGGUAACAAUAUAAAAUUGACGGAGCUUUUUUAUUUUUUGUAAUUUCAAGUUAUCCGGUAAGUUUUGGACCUAAUGAAUAAAAAAGAGAAUAAUGUUGAAAGAAAUGAUACUCAAGACCUAAAAAAGCUGGAGAUUGAUUUGCGAUUGGUCAUACCAAAACUAUAUAAAUUGCGCGAUUCGGAUUCGUCGUUUCUUGAUAAUUUAUUUAUCUUCUCUCCCUUUUUGAAGCUUUCUUUUUUCUUACAUCAAGCAGAAAUUUGUAAAAAAAAAAGGUUCAACUCAGUCUUGAAAACUUUUAUGAAAUCAUUUUGAAAGCUGUUUCCGGACAACUACUGCUGAAAACUUGUGGGAUAGCAAUCUUCUCUGAAACAUCGAGAAAAACUGCUGUUGCAGGCGAAAAAAAUGACACCGGAACAUAAAUCGCGGCUCUUUUACUGCCGACAAAUUGAUAGUGGCGCCUGUCGAGUCCUCGAGUUCUUGCUAUUUUUUAUCGCUGUUCAUUUCUCACACUUUUCUGCUCCCGUUGUAAGGAGCCUUUUGUCCUUUUCCUACAGUUUCCAGGAUCGGGGUCUUGAAAGAAGCUUUUGUUUGGUUUUUUCAGCGGGAUGUCCGACGUCUCCGAGUUCGACGAAGUUGCAAACGGUUCCUACGGAGCCGUCUUCUCCGUUUCAAGAAUAUCGACAGAGGUGAGAUUAACUCAAAAAUUAACCUUCUUUUAAAAAAAGUAGUCUUGUUCCGAAAGGUUUUUGGGGUCUUCGCAGGUGCGAGACUUCAACGCCAAUUUGUCCUAUGGAAUGCGCUGGACUUAUUUUAUGCAAGAGGAAAGGAAAAGACCAUUUUAGAAACUGGAAUUUUCUCGUUAUCACAAAAAUCUUGACAUUCUCAAAAUUCCAGCGUGCUCUCACAGCCGAUACCGUUUUCCGUUCAGCUUCCAGCCACAAUUACUCGACGGGAACUUAAGGUAAAAAUUAAUUAAGUUUUUUCUACUGUGUUUGAAUUUUCGAGCUUUACUUUUUCCUCAUAGGCGAUAAUGAAAAAAGAGCCCGUUGAUAUGAGAACCCAGACGAGCUGGUCUGUUUUGAGUUGUGGCGAACUAAAUAUAAUCUGUUCAAAAACAUUUCGGGAUGGUUGAAGACCCAAAAAAUUGCUAUGACCUAAAACAACACUAAGGACCUUUCUUCGACUCGAGAUCUUUAUGAUUUCUACCUUCAAAUAGUUCAGAGGAACUUGCUGAAAAUAUAGAUGUGGAAAUUGCAGUUACUCCGUCGAGAAGAACUGAUGCCGCCGCCGUCUUCGCCCAACCUGAAAAGACCGUGCAAAACGCUAGACGACGCCAUCGAGCACAUCAAAAAGCACAAGAGCAUUUUCCAUUCGGCCGAAAUGCUCGCCAUGCCAAAUGCGGACUUUCUGCCUACCGUAUGA